UGUUGUAUCCCAUCUAGCCAGAGGGCAUGUCUCAUACGAAGAAAAAAAAAAGAAAAGAAAAAAAAAAACUUUUGUACGCGAUUACAACCAAAGUUUACAAUCAAACAAAGAAAACGUACUUAUGUUGUUUUUAUUUAUUUAUUGGAUUUCAUUUUGAUGGCGUAACGGGGGAAAUAAUAACAUUUUGGACCACUUCAGUUUUGCUUUCGGUUCGGUUCGGUUUUGAUUUCAAUAGCCUACUUACUGACUGAGCGCAGUAGACCCUGAUUUACUGUUGACGUGGACCAAACAGUUUUGGAACGACACAAAGCAAAGCUUGUCCGUCGACCGCUUGGUAAAUCCGCUAUUCUGGAAUGUGAAAAAAGGGCGUUCAUCCACACUUUCCCAGCAAACAGCGAAUGUUCGUAUUUGGAAAAUCUAGGGAACUGAUCUAGAUGUUAAUAGUUUCUAGAGUCCAGUCUAGCAUGGCUGUGCGGUCAAGUGUUCUUCUGUACUGGUUUCACGUUUUUUGCGCUGGCGUGUUUGCUGAUGUCUGGAAGGUAACUGUAGAGCCUGAAAUGCAGGCUCUGGUCUCAUCUUGUGUCGUGUUGCCCUGUUCAUUCAAAUACCCCGUUCAAGAACAGCCCACUGAUCGUAUUAGAGCUAUGUGGCACAAGAAGGACAACUGGGAUGAUAUUAUUUUUCACAAAGACCCUACGAGGGUUAAAGACAGUUUCAAGGGUCGUACAAACCUGAUUGGUUCACUGGGUGGUUCCAACUGCUCCUUGGAGAUUGAUGAGGUCAAAAACCAUGACAACGGGCCGUAUUGUUUCAGGGUGGAAUUAGAAACAUCUAAAAAAGACAAGUACUCCUUUGUGGAAAACUGUGUGUCGAUUAAAAUGAUCGAGCAAGCAUCAAAACCAGAGCUGCAGGCCGAGCACUCUGUGCAGGAGGGUGAACCUGCCGUCUUCACAUGCUCUGUCCGGCACACCUGUCCGUCCCACCAGCCCACUCUCACCUGGAACCACACUGGAAAAGUCAUCAUGAGCUACAAGAACAUUGGUCAUGGAAACUGGGAAACACAGUCUGUGCUGACCUUUAGCCCUAAACAAGAGGACGAUCACAGCACUGUCGCAUGCACAGUCAAGCAUCACGGGAAUGUCAAGGGAGAAAUGACAGCAACUCACCGUAUCUUUGUGAAAGAACAAGCAACUCUCAGCCACAUUCUCAUACCAGUCAUCUCUGGUCUUGGAUCUGCUCUUUUGUUUGGAUUACUGUGUUUCUUCAUUGCCAAGAAGAGAUACAGGUCCAGACCUGGACAGUUUACACCUCAAGGGGGACAGAAUGUAAUCACCAGGAAAUCACAGGAAGACACACACUCCACAGUUUUGUUCAGGUGCGAGGGAACAGAGGCAAAUACCCAGCAGCUUCUAAUGUAUUCUUCUGCAACAAACCAGGACAAAACACCUCCUCUGAUUACCCUCUAGGGCACUUCCCUGAGCUUCCCUCACCUCCUAGGUGUCCUACGCCUCCGCUGGUUCCUUCCAUCCCUUCUUCAUCUCCUGAGCACCGCGAGUUAAUCCCACGGCGGGCUCCCGGUCCCCAGUUAAGCCCAUAGCCACUAGACUGAACUAUUCUCGCCAUCAGGAAAGUCUGGGAGCUCCAGAUAAGCAAUAGACGCGUUUUGAUUAGAGCAUGCGUGUGGUGGCUGACUUAAGGCCUGCUAGUUAACCCUGCAUCCUCUGACUUGAGAUCAGACCAUGACAUCCUGACAGGCCAUGUGAGACUUGUGCAACAUAACGCCUCUAACGAAUGGAUAAUUAAAGAGAAUUUACCAUAAUCACAGCAGAGUUUAAACAUCAUUUGAAAUUGGAGUCGGAUCAAGCGUGGAGCAAAUAUCAAAUUGAAACUGAACUCUAAUUAAGUAACUUUACAGAAGUGCAAGAUAUACACACAGUGUACUUUAGGGUGGUACAAUGGGUGGUCUUUACAAAUUCAAAACACCUAAUCAACUAAAAAAUGGCUUCAGCAAAGAAAGAUUAAUAUUUUGGAAUGGUGUGUCGCAUGUACAUCAUCUCAUACAUUAUGUUUUAUUGUAUGUGGGUUUGUAUGCAUCUAUAUAAUGUGAUUCUGUUCCAUAUUAUACAAUGUUUAAGAUUCCUUCAACAAAGUAAUAAUUUGUACAUAAUUACUUGUAUUAUUUUGAUUAACAUCUCUAUGUGAAAGAAAUUCUCUAUAUCGAACAUUUAAAGUGUUUUAGCAGAUAUCAGUGUGAACUAUGUACUAGCUUGUUUUAUUAAUUCCUUUAUUAGAGUGAAACGUGUAUAAAAUAAUUGAGCUUUAAUGCUUUGUUUUGUACUUUGUAGAUGGCUGAUCUUGCAUAAUCACUCAAGCAUAUACUGUUAACUUGCUGUAAGUAAAUUGACAGACAGAAAUCGAAAGUUCCACACUGUAAAAAAUAAGUGUAAUUUUUACUUAAAAAUUGUGUAAAAAUACUACGGGACAAAACUGUUAAUAGGUUAACAGUAUAUAUAUUCAGGGAAAAACUAAAAUCUAAUCAGACAUUUAACAGUAAAAUGCAGUUAAUUUUACAGUUUUUAGAAGUAAAAAACAAAAAACUAAUCAAUGUACAAUUUCCAGUCAAAUACUGUAAAAUUAUAUUCCCAGAAUUCCCUGUGUGACACUCCACAUUUGAAGUAUUUUGUUUAAAUAAUCAUGUUUGUAAUAGUUUUUGUUAUCAGUUAUGCACAUUUGGGCUGUAUGUUACAUCUUCUGUUGUUUAAUUAAAGUUUAUUACAUUA